UUACUAAAUAUCUCAUUCUUUCAUCAUUAGCUCUCAACAUUCACACACACACACAAAAUCUCUUUUAAUUUUCUUUUAAAAUCUCUUAAUUUUUUUCAAAAAUGGUUAAAGGUCCAGGUCUAUACACUGACAUUGGCAAAAAAACCAGAGAUCUUCUAAACAGGGAUUAUCAGGCUGACCAUAAGUUCACCAUCACCACUUUCUCACCUACUGGUGUUGCAAUCACAUCAUCUGGGACAAAGAAAGGAGAAUUGUUUCUUGCAGAUGUCAACACCCAAUUGAAGAGGAACAAUGUCACUACUGAUAUCAAAGUGGACACAAACUCUAACCUCUCUACAACCAUUGCGGUCGAUGAACCUGCUCCUGGGUUGAAGGCGAUCCUUAGCUUCAAAGUUCCCGAUCAAAGAUCUGGAAAGUUGGAACUUCAAUAUUUGCACGACUAUGCUGGAAUCUCCACAAGUAUUGGGUUGACUGCCAACCCUAUUGUCAACUUCUCUGGUGUGGUGGGAACAAAUGCUACUGCUAUCGGAACUGAUGUAUCUUUCGACACCAAAACUGGAAACUUUACCAAGUACAAUGCUGGGAUUAGCUUCACCAAUGCUGACCUUAUUGCUGCUUUGACCCUGAAUGACAAGGGUGAUUCUCUCAAUGCAUCAUAUUACCAUACCGUGAAGCCUUUGACCAACACAGCAGUGGGUGCAGAAGUGAACCACUGCUUCUCAAGCAAUGAAAACACAAUCACAGUUGGGACUCAACAUGCUUUGGACCCAUUGACCACAGUCAAGGCUCGCAUCAACAACCAAGGCAAAGUUAAUGCUCUUAUCCAGCAUGAGUGGCGCCCCAAAUCUCUAUUUACCAUUUCAGGAGAAGUUGAUACCAGAGCCAUUGACAAGAGUGCCAAGUUUGGUCUUGCUUUGGCCCUUAAGCCAUGAGAUGUUUUGUUUUUUUUAACCGGCUCUGAAACCGAAAGGUUUUCUCUGUUCAAACUUUUGUCGGUUCUCUUGGACGUAGAAAUAAUUUCUUAACAGUUUUAAGGAGCCUUAGUUUCUCUACUUAUCCAUGGGUAGUAGAUAUAUUUGCGGAAGUUAAUUUUGGAAUUUUCUUUUGAUCGAAUAUUGAGUACUGUUCAUGCAAAAAAGUGUUUUUUGCUUA